GUGCGUGAUGCUUUAAGAGAGAGAGAGGAACGUUGAUACGCACGUUGAACAUGUAUGAUGCAGGGGAACUCAUCUUGCUCGCCAAGCACGUCAAAACCGUAGAAUCCCUCCGCCGCUUCCACGCGCUCACGGUGACGUGCGGCCACUCAACCAACCUCUUCAUUGCUGCAAAGCUCAUCUCUCUCUACGACUCUCUCCAAAACGAACACGUUUCGUGUUCCACUCUCUUCCACUCUCUUCCCUCCAAAGACACCUUCGUCUACAACUCCUUCCUCAAAUCCCUCUUCUCCCGUUCCCUCUUCCCCCACGCUCUCACCCUCUUCUCACACAUGACACGCGUCUCCAACCUCUCUCCCAACCACUUCACUCUCCCCAUCGUUGUCUCCGCCGCUGCGCACCUCUCGCUCCUCCCCCACGGCGCCUCGCUCCAUGCCCUCGCCUUCAAAACCGGCCUCUUUCAUUCUUCCUCCGCCUCUUUCGUGUCGUUUUACUCGCGCUGUGGUGAGAUGGACCUUGCAUGCAAGGUGUUUGAUGAAAUUCCUGUUCAGGAUGUGGCUGCUUGGACUGCACUUAUCAUCGGCCACGUGCAGAAUGGGGAGCCGGAGAAGGGUUUGAAGUGUCUACGUGACAUGCAUGAGGUUGGUGAGGAUACUCAAAAGCCCAACGUUAGAACGUGGGAGGGCGGGUUUCUUGCGUGUGGAAAUCUGGGAGCUGUGAGAGAAGGCGCUUGCUUGCAUGGGGUGGUUAUCAAACACGGGGUUGCUUCUUUUCUACAAUCUUCCGUUUUGGCUAUGUACUCCAAAUGUGGGGUCCCUCGAGAAGCGUACCGAGCAUUUUUUGAGACGACUCACAAAGAUCUUUUGUCUUGGACAUCUAUCAUCGGAGUUUGUGCGAGGUUUGGGAUGAUGGAGGAGUGUGUGAAGUUGUAUAGAGAAAUGCAGGAAAACGAAAUACGUCCGGACGGGAUUGUUAUUGGUUGCAUGCUUUCGGUGUUUGGUAAUUCCAUGCAUGUGUCUCAAGGGAAAGCGUUUCAUGGAGUGAUUAUAAGGAGACAGUACGUCGAUGCCGAGGAAGUUAAUGAUUUGUUGUUGUUUAUGUACUGUAAGUUUGGAAUGUUGAGUUUGGCAGAGAGGAUUUUCCCAAUGUGUCGCGGGAGCGUAGAGUGCUGGAACUUUAUGGUUUUUGGGUAUGAUAGAAUGGGGGAGAGCGUGAAGUGUGUUGAGCUCUUCAGGGAAAUGCAAUGUGUAGGUAUUCGUUCUGAUUCAAUUGGGAUAGUUUCAGCUAUUGCCUUGUGUGCUCAGUUGAGAGCAGUUAAUUUGGGAAGGUCAAUUCAUUGCAACGUGAUAAAGGGUUUUCUGGAUGCUCACAUCGCGGUCACCAACUCGCUCAUAGAGAUGUAUGGAAAAUGUGGUAGGAUGAUCUAUGCAUCGAGAAUAUUUAACAGGUCUCAGAUGGAUGUUGUGUCGUGGAACACUUUGAUUUCGUCUCAUGUUCACAUCAAGCAGCAUAAAGAGGCUGUAGAUUUAUUUGAUAAAAUGGUUAGAGAAGGACAGCAGCCCAAUACAGCCACACUUACGGUAGUACUUUCAGCAUGUUCUCACCUAGCAUCUCUAGAGAAAGGAGAAAGAGUUCACCGCUACAUACAAGAAAGUAGUUUUAGAGUCAAUUUACCUCUUGGCACAGCACUGGUUGAUAUGUAUGCUAAAUGUGGUCAGUUGCAAAAGUCAAGAAUGGUAUUUGACUCUAUGAUGGAGAAGGAUGGAAUUUGCUGGAAUGCAAUGAUUUCAGGUUAUGGAAUGAAUGGAUAUGCAGAAUCUGCUUUGGAGAUAUUCCGGCUUAUGGAGGAAUCAAAAGUUAUGCCCAACGAAAUUACCUUCCUCUGUCUUCUCUCAGCAUGUGCCCAUGCAGGACUUGCUGAAGAAGGGAAGUACGUGUUCGCGAGAAUGCUGAGUUAUUCUUUAAAUCCCAAUUUAAAGCACUACACUUGUAUGGUGGAUCUUUUGGGAAGGUCAGGUAAUCUGCAGGAAGCAAAAGCUAUGGUCCUAUCUAUGCCUAUGUCGCCAGACAGCGGUGUCUGGGGAGCUUUGUUAGGUCAUUGUAAAACUUACAAUCAAGUAGAGAUGGGAAUAAGUAUUGCAACUUAUGCUAUUAACUCUGAACCAGAAAAUGACGGCUACUAUAUAUUGUUGGCCAAUUUGUAUAGCUCCAUUGGGAGGUGGGAAGAAGCAGAAAAUGUGAGAAGGGCAAUGAAAGAGAGGUGUUCAACGGGAAAGAAAGCUGCUUGGAGUGUGCUCUGAGAUGAAACUUCUCUUCCCUCGAAAAUUAAGAAAAUGUUAAAGAAAACCAUUGGAAGUUUACCAAGGGCCAACGUGCUUAAUCUUCUCAAGUUUGCUUAUUUUAUAAGCCAUUCAUGAGCUUUGUCGUUGAGCGAUUGAGCUAAGGAAGCUGACAUAUUAUUGUCGUACAAUACUUUCCGCAUUGUAUUUGAAACUACACAAAAAUAACCCUCUUGAUGGAGGCUUUAAUUCUGUAUAUCAGAGGACUUCGUGCCUGAGCUAGCAGUGAGUGAGGCACGUGAGGUUUGGCGGGAGGGAAAGAAGAUCCAGUUUCCAUACAGGACAUUAGACGUGUUUCUGAAACCCGAUGACCAUUUUUUUUCACUUACUUGCUCAGAUAGUUAAAAACGUGGCAGAAGCAUUGCUGAUUGGGAAUAGCAAUGUGGUCAGCACUCCUAUUCUUGUACACAAGUUUGAUCUUUCAUCUCCAUCAGCCUGAGCAGAAAAAGGGUGUUUAAGAACCUUUCUUCAUAAAUCUUCCAUCUUCAAGUAAGUCUCACCACACAACAUAAGAAUUUGAACAAGAGAACAAGAACACAACAAUUCCACAGGAAAAGAAGGUUUGAGCGAUUAUUUUGGUUUCAGUAGAGAAUGUCAUAGUGGGUGGACGUGGAGUCAAAAUGUAGAAUAACCUUUGGAGGCCAGGAGGCUAGGGUUUGCAAGAGAAGCGUGUGUCGUGAUGGGUGGGUAUGUGAGUUUAUUAGGUCAGAAAAAAAGUUAAUUUUUUUUACCUAAAUUAAAAACAUUUUUAACCAAGGGUAUUUUCUUGAAAAGUUGGAGAUGCAGGGAGCACUUUUGGAUGUGCAGGGAGAAACACCCCAAAAUACCACCAUCGAAGUCCAACGUGCCUUGUAAGAAUAGAAAUUAUGUAAUUGUCACCGCUGAAGAAGCCGUCUUAAACACAUAAUAAUAAUUUACUCUAAAUAAAUAUUCUUAAUGAGUAUGGUUGAUUAUACAUCCUACAACGACAAAGGCAUGUAAAAAAUAUGGAUCAUAUGCAAAGCUAAUGAUGAAAAAACAAAUUUAUAAUAAAUAAAGAUGAAUAAUCUAUUUCACUCGUCAUCAAGAAGUU